AUGGUCAGGCCGUCGGGCUCUGUCCUCGCCUACCUCCCGGAGCCGCCCGGCUGGCGAGCCCACCCUCCCGGGCGACUUCCCGUUGAUGCGGCCGACCCCUGCUGGUCCCUCGACCCCGCGCCGGCUGUCGUCGGCUCGCGGCCGCUCGCCAUCGUCGAGGUCGUCGACUACGAUCUCUUUGUGCUGGGCACCUCUCGUGUGAUCACGCUCGACCCGCUCGGCGUGCUCGAGGAGCGGCUGGGCGACGAGGCAGUGCGGCGUGUGCAGCGCGCGCUGCGAGAGUCGCGCACGUACCCCUCACUAUCCUCUGCGGGCGACGCGCUCCACAUCGCAAUCUUUGGCGAGCCCGGCCCGACCCAGUGGCUGUUUGAGGCGAUUGUGACGCCGCACGUGUACGCGUCGCCCACGUUGUGGGACACGCGGCUGCUCGGCCGGAGGAAAAUGCUCGGAACGUACCGUGACCGGGAGUUCGAGCUCGACACCUCGCCCGACCUCGCCUGCUGCAACAUGGACGUGCUGCACCCCGUCUCGCGCCCGCCGUCCGACGCCCGCAGGCACUGGACGGAAGCUCGGGACCCGAGCAGGCUCGUCCUGGGCGCGAAGCGGAGGGGCCGCGGCGGCGCAAAGGUGUCACAGCUCGGCGGCGACGCACGACCCGAGCGCGACCACGGCUGCGUCGCUCCGCCCCCCUCCCGCGAGCGCGCGGUUGGUGGCGGCAGAGGCGGGGCACAGGGAGGGAGCGACGACCCGAACCUGCUGCGGGUCCUCGAGCUCCUCGAGCGGCGGGACGCGCUCCGCUCGCGGCGCGAGUGGGCGGAGGCGGACCGGGUCAAGGAGGAGCUCGUCGCCCUCCACGUGCGGCUGGACGACGGCAACAAGAGCCUCCGCCGCGACGCACGGCCCGAGCGCGCCAAGCGGCGCAAGCACCCGCUGCGCAUCGCCAAGGUGCGGGCGGGCCACCUGGUGUUUCUGUACCCCGAGCGGCUGCCCGCGGGGGCGAGCCCGCACCAGCCGCACCUCGUCCUCGAGGAGACGUGGCCCAUCCGGGGGGAGCGCGGCGGCAACGCGCCCCGCCACCUCCGCCUCCAGCCCCAAACCGCCUCCACCCAACCGUCGGGCGAGCCCUUCCUCCUCGAGGAGGGGGCGGUGAGCGCCCUGUACACCGGCUUCCGCGCCGCGUGGCUGGCGGUGGAGGCGGCGGGGGACGCGGCGCUGCGUGAGACCCUCCUCCGCGCCCUCUCGUGGUACUGCGACGAGAACGCGUGGCGGCCGCCCGCGGAGAGCAUCCGCCAGAUAAUCCACUCGGGCGCGGUCAGCAAGGAGCAGGCGCUCGAGCUCGCGGCCGAGGUGCGGGCGCUGACGGGCGGGGGCGGCGAGGGCUACGCGAGCGGGGGCGAGGGGUCGGCAGGCGCGCGUCCAUCCGGAGCCGCUGCCCGACCCGCCGCCGCGGCGCCAUCGGCUGAGGUCCAGGGAGCCUUUGAGGCGGGCGACGUGGUGUGGCUGCGCUCGGAGCUAACCCCGCGCGCCAUGCUCGUCCUCGGCCACACCGCGUGGGAGGGCGGCGGCGCGAAGAGCUGGUUGCGGCUCAAGGCGCUGCCGACCGCUGAGGGGGGCAGUUCCGACGGCGCGCUGCCUCGCCUCCCCGAGCCGGAGGAGCUGACGGCGGACGAGGCCGGGCCGGUGGAGCACGUGGUGCCGUUUGCGCAGCUGCUCGGCACGGAGUGGAGCCGACCACAGCGGGCGCAGCGGCCGUCGAGCGCUCCACCCUUCCCUGACCACGUCGACCACGCCGAGCUGCGGCGGGCGCUCGAGGACGCCUUCCGCAGCCACUUCCGCGCCGACGUCGAGAGGGACGAGGUCGGGCUUGGGGCGCUUCAGGCGGAGGGCAUCAGCAUCACGCCCGACGAGUACGAGGCGGGCGCCGAGUGGCGGUGCGCGUGCGCGCUCGCGACGCACGGCGCGCUCGUGCGGCUCGGGUACGCGACGCGCCGCGGGGCGCUGCUCCACUUUGCGGCGGCCGCGCUCCGGGGCGAGUGGAGCCGCGCAGUGCCCGCGGAAGCGGAGGCGCGGCUGGGGGAGGGGAGAGUGGCGCGAGGGGAGGCGACCACGUGCUCUCCGACCGGCGACGGCCCUGCGGCGUCGCGGGGAGACCGCCCGCCACCUUGCGACGAGGGAGCGGCGGCGCGGCUGCGCGACGAGGAGCCGGCUGGGUGCAUCCCGCACGGCGUGGUGCUGCACAGCGGCGGCGCGGCAGGCAGCGGCGGCUCGUUCGUUACCGCCCCGACAGCAGCGACGGUCGGCAACGACAGUCCGCACGUGGGGCCGGGCUCCAAGCGCAAGCGGGCGGCGGACGCGGACACGGAGGUCGCGCGCCAUUGCCGCGCGGAGCGCAGGCAGCGCGAGGCUGCUGCGCCGGGUGAGGUGGUGGUCCCGGCGUCACACCGCGCCGCGGUGCUGGAGGGUCUCCGCCGCGUGCUAGUCAAGGAGGGGGGGGACCCGGAGGAGUGGUGGGAGAGGAAUGGAGCGGGAGGGCCGUUCCCGUUUGAGGCGGACCUCCCGUCCUUGCGCGGGUUGCGCGGGGGCGAGCUGUACCGAGAGGAGGGAAAGGCGACUAGCCGGAGUCCCUAGAGCCGCGCGGGUGCCUCGGGACCGAUCGGACACGCACAAAUCUCCCUUGGUUAGUAUUGACUGAUCAG